AUGGCUCAAAUAAUGGCCACGCCUCUCGCCCCAUCAAUGUCUCUCAUCUGUAACACAAGCACCACUAAACCCAUUUCUCUCACUAAAUCUUUCUCUUUCCCCACUCCAACCAAGCUCCGUAAUUUGGUCAUCAAAAGCGUGCGUAUUGGAGGCGUGGAGAUUCCGGACAACAAGCGAGUGGAGUUCUCUCUUCAGCACGUCCAUGGAAUCGGCCGCACCAGAUCGCGCCAAAUCCUCUGUGAUCUCAACAUGGACAACAAAAUCACCAAAGACUUAUCCGAAGAAGAAGUCGCCAGUCUCCGUGACCAGGUCUCCAAGUACAUGAUUGAAGGCGAACUCAGGAGGUUCAAUGCUUUGGCUAUACUGAGAUUGAAGGAGAUUCAGUGCUACAGAGGGAUUAGGCAUAUUAAGGGGCUGCCUUGCAGAGGACAGCGCACGAGGAACAACUGCCGAACUUUGAAGGGCAAGAGGGUUGCAACUGCUGGAAAGAAGAAGGGUCGUCCUCGUUAA